AUGAAGAAGAAGGUGACGUCCGAUAUUCGGUCGCUCGUAGAGCACGCCGUAGAGACAGGCGAGCGCUGUCUGUUCGUCAUUGUGGGCGACAAGGGCCGUUUGCAGGUGUCUAAUCUGCAUUACUUGCACCAGCGUGUUUCUGGCAAUAAGGCCAGGGUGCUGUGGUGCUACAAGAAAAGCCUAGAGAUGUCGUCGCACCAUCGCAAGCGCCACAAGUUACAAAAGAAGCUUGCAUACCGUGGAUUGUACGAUGAGGCUACUGAGGACCCGUACGAGCUGUUCCUCCGUACCACCGAAAUUCGCUACUGCUACUAUAAGGAGUCUCAGAAGGUUCUUGGUCAAACAUUUGGCUUUCUCGUACUCCAGGACUUCGAGGCACUAACGCCAAACGUGCUAUGCCGUACAGUUGAGACGGUACAGGGCGGAGGCGUAAUAGUUCUGCUCCUACACACGAUGUCAUCUCUCAACCAGCUGUACGAGAUUUCUAUGGACAUACACGCCAAACUCGUAAGCCACGGCCACAGCACGAUUGAGCCAAGAUUUGUGAAACGUUUUAUUUAUUCGUUGGCAAGUGCGCGCAACACAAUCGUCGUUGACGACGAACUAAAUGUGCUCCCGAUAGCGAAGAUGACGCUGUCCGAUUUGACGAAGUCGCGGAGCGAUAAAAAGCUGAGCAAACUGCAGCUCUCUCUGAGCUCAAGCGAAGAGGACGCCCUGGAGAUGAAGAUUUUGACAAAGAUUUCUACACUGUGUAUCAAGCAUGGCCAGUUGAAGGCUCUGAUAACGCUGUUCAAUGCAGUUUCCAAGGGCGCCGAGAUUCAGCAGCGCCUGAACAUAACGACGAUAAUUAGCGCUCGUGGUAGGGGAAAGAGUGCGACUAUCGGGUUAUUUUUAUCAUCCGCAUUGAAUAUGGGGUUCCGCAACAUUCUGAUCGUUGCGCCCGCCGUGGAGAAUGUUCAGACACUAUACAGCUUUUUGGAGAGCGGUUUGCAGCUGCUGGGCACACCCGACAACUCCAAGGUGGUCGUUUCGCGCAAAGAUGGCUACGUGGAGUGCUUGACGCUCACCGUGAGGGGAAGCACAUGCGUGAAGUUUGUUGAAUCGAGCACUAUCGACCCCAAAGUGGGUGCCAACAACUACCUGUUCGACAUCUUGAUCAUUGAGGAGGCUGCGUCCAUACCUCUGCCAAUCGUCGAGUCUUUGUGCAAAAAGGGCAUAGUUAUAAUUUCCUCCACAGUUGGAGGUUACGAGGGUACCGGCCGGUCCCUAAGCUUGAAGCUUAUUGAGCGUUUCCGUAACACGAUACCGGAUGCGCUCACCGAGAUCACGUUGAAGGAGCCCAUCCGUUACAGCAAAAACGACUCCAUUGAGAACUGGCUCAACGGAGUGCUGUGUCUGGGCACCCCUGUGGAUGAUCCGAAGGAACGCACGACGUUGCCGCCUCCAAGCAAGUGCCAACUUUACGUGGUAAAUCGUGAUGUGCUGUUUUCGUACCAUUCCAAGGCUGAGUCCUUUUUGAACUCAAUUACGGCUGUGUUGUCGUCAUCGCAUUACCGUAACUCCCCGGACGACCUGCUGUUGCUGAGCGAUGCACCAGCUCACAAGCUGUUUGUGCUUAUGGCCCCAGGUUUGGACUCCGAGAACCAGGAUUCGGUAUCAGCGCUGGAGAGUCGCGUUUUUUGCGUAUUGCACGUGGCCAUUGAAGGCAGAAUAAGCAAGCUGGUUGCGAAGGAGGCUGUGGCGCAGGGCACCACUAAGAAGAGUGGCGACCUGAUUCCGUGGACUCUGACCCAGAACUUCUGCAGCGAGGACUUUUGCCAGUUGCUGGGUGUUCGUAUAGUGCGAAUUGCUGUUCCUCAGGCACUUCAGAAUAUGGGAUACGGAUCGGAGUGCCUCUCUCAGUUCAUAAACUGCGUCAAUGGUGCAGUGAACCAGGUGCCCGCAAGUGACUCCCUGCUGGUGCCUGUGGAUCCUGCCGCCGGCCUUGAGGAUGGUGCGGAAAAGGUUGACUAUGUUGGAACAUGCUUCGGAUUAAACUCUCAAUUGCUCAAAUACUGGAUUAAACAGUCGUUCAAGCCAGUUUACUGUCGGCAGGUACCGAACGAGGCGACUGGCGAGUUCUCCAUAAUAUUGCUGCGCGCAACCGACACUGCCACAUCGGCACCCGACUCUGAGGACUCUCAGAAAGAGUGGUUGAGUGAAUUCUGCUCCGAUUUCUCAAGGCGCCUUCUCGGGCUAUCUGGUUCGUGCUGGCGGUCGCUGCCCGCCACAUUGGUGCUCAUGCUGCUGACGGCUUCAAGCGAGCACAUCAAGGCGCAUGACGACAAAACUCUUCUCGAGGUGUUUACUUCUUUCGAUUUGGGUCGGCUCGAGCGCUACUCUGCGCAACUCGCAGAGUUCACGUUGGUGACGGACCUGCUGCCCAUAAUGUGCCGCUUCGUGUUUGAGAAAAAGGUGGACAUUUCGCUGUCCUACUUGCAGUGCGCAAUACUGCUCGGUAUCGGCUGUCAGGGCAAAUCCCCGAUGGCUCUAUCGCAGGAGCUUAACAUGCCGCUCAACCAGACGAUGGCGCUACUUCAUAAGAGCGUGAGCAAGUUCUCCAAGAAGCUGAGUCUGUUGGAGAAGGAACAGGUGGCUAAUUCUCUUUGA